AUGUCUUCAAGAGAAGUUCCUAUCGAAGUUCACUAUGAAUCUUUUGGUACCUAUUAUGAGAUUUAUGAGGAUUAUUUAGUAAUAAGAAGUAUAAAAAAAGAAAUUUGUUGUAUAUACAUUCAAACCACUAUUGGUCAUAUUUCUUUUUAUCGAGAAAUCGAAGAAGCUAUACAAGGUUUUUCUCGAGCCGAUUCAUCAUAUAGUAUCUAA